UAAUGGGAAAUCAGCAGUUUGAGGCUAAUGAGUCUGAAACCAACAUUACACAGUAUUACCAAAAUAUGCUCAAUUAAAACAAAGAAAACAUCCCCUAUCAAUAUCAGAACACUCCUAAAUUGUUGAGUGCAGAAAGUCGUAAUAAAUUGAGACCGACAUCGAAAAUUAAUUUGGACAUGAAACUGUGUUCCAAAUCUUCAGAGAAGUAGUUUAAUGGCAUAUAAUAAGUAUGGUUUUAUGAUUUAAAAUAGAAAAUGUUUUAAGAAACUCCCGUCGUAAGAAAUCCCUUGGAGAAAUUACAAAGAAAGAGAAGUAGCACUAAAAUAGUUUAAGAGAAUGAUGAAUCCCAUAUUCAAUUACUGGAUCUGCUGAAGAAUAUGGUCAGACAUCAAGAUUCAACUAUGCAAAGCAGUCAGGUCAAGGUUUCAGAACAGUCAUGUCAAGAAUAUGACAAAAAGAAACCUCUGAUGGAUGUGGAUUAAUAUUAUAGACCCUAAAUGGAAGAUAGACCAUUAUAGUUUAAUAACAGGAGGAGAUCAAAAACAUUUGAAGAAUCAUUUAGAACACUGAUAUCCAACGAAGAUAGAUGUCAACCAUUAAAAUUGAACCGAAGAGAGAGUAAGGAAGAAGAAGCUCUUCAAUUUAUAUUACAGAACUGCACCUAAACUCAAUCGAGAAUAGAUCAACAAAUAUCAAAUAGUAUAACUUUUGAAUCUUUGGAAAGUGAUUGGCAAGCCUUGACUAAAAAGAAUUCCAAAUAGUUAGAAACCCCUGGAACUGCUUAAUUCCAAGGGUUAAAUAAGGACGAUAAGAUGUUUGAACUCUCAACAUCCAAUUUUAUAGAAUAAAACAAUGAGGAGUAUUAAGGUUCCAGAAGGCCGUCCUGUCUCGAAUCUACUUUUCUAAUCCCAAUGGUGUUGCAUUCAUAAAAUAGUCUGGAAUUCGAUGACUCCAAAGAUGUCCAUUAGAAUCCUAAGCCUGCUCAACCAUAUGAGUAUAAGAGAACCUAAGUUCCAAAGGUUACUAUGAAUGGGUUGCUGUCCAAAUAAUAAUCGUAGCAUAAUUUCAAUAAAUUUGAUUGCAAGAUCAAUUCUACAAGUAGAAAUAUAACUCAGCCCAUGAAAAAGAUUAUCUAGACUCAAGCAACAGGAUUGCCAAACAAAGCACCCUUGAAACAUAAAUCACUUCAUUAACAAUCGCAAAAUGCUCUGUCCUUGCCUUUACAGAUGAUCAAUUCAAAAGGGAAUCUGGGAUUUAGAUCUAAUUUGAGUUUGAUAUAGAAUGUCCCUCAAUCUUCUUUGUCUUCAAAGAAUGGAAGAAGUCAAUUCGAUUCAAAAACAUGUAAGACAAAACCAACAGUCACUCAUCCUGAGGAGGAGUGGUUUGAUAAUUCAAAAUUGGAGUAUAAGAAGAUCAUGAUGAUUUUGGAUGAGCAAUAACAAUAGAUUCAGAAUUUCAGUAUUUAGAAUAAAAGUGAAAUGAUCUCAAACACUUUUAAUAGUUCAGAUAUUAAUUGUUCAUAGAGAUUCUAGUUUGAGGAUUUUAAAAUUAAACCUCAUCUUGAGGACAAGAACACUUAAACUCAAUUAAAGGAUUUGUAGAAGAACUUUAUCAAUCGAUUGUCCUAACCAAAAAGCAAGUGUAGUUCAAGAACGAGUGAAAGCAACCCCUAUUGGAAAUUAAGAGAACUAGAUCAAUCAAAGCGAUCCAAAAGGAAAUGA